CACCAGGAACGCUUGAAAGAAACCUAAAGGGAGAGUCGAGCGCUCCUCCGACAGGGGGCGGUAAGGAGGUUAACGUCUGAAUGACUCGUUUCCGGUUUAGUUUCGACGAAGAAGAACGUAACUCACGUAAUAAACACGGUUGAGCAUUUGCACAUGUGAGGACAAACUUAGUGUUUUUGCUACUGUUGUUAGUUUGUUGCUGUUUUUCUGCUUACUGCGGUUUUAGCAACGCUCGUGGCUAACUGUGGCUAACCGCGGCUACGUCAGCGCGCGAGGGAGAGCGUGAAAGACCCCGGAGGAUGCUGCUCGUGUCCUCGUGACCUGUCAUCAUGUCGCGGUGGUUUAAACCCUGUACGCGGUCUUUUUUGCACAGUUUGGAGGUCCGCAGGGGGUUUCGAUGCCUCACGCCGGACGGAAACAGACGGACGGAGCUCCAGCUGCGUGCAGCAGGCGACAGGUGCUGCUCCACGGUGCAGGGAGAGGCUUCUUACACCUCGGGGGACUUCGAACUGCUCUCUACAAUUACAUAUUUGCAAAGAAGUAUGGAGGCAUAUUCAUCCUGCGGCUGGAGGACACGGAUCAGAGCAGACUGGUACCAGGAGCAGCAGAGUCCAUAGAGGACAUGCUAGAGUGGGCUGGUAUACCUCCAGAUGAAAGUCCACGUCGAGGUGGCUCGACAGGUCCAUACAUGCAGUCUCAGAGACUCGACCUCUACAAUCAGACAGCCCAGCAGCUUGUUGACAGUGGUCACGCUUAUUAUUGUUUCUGCAGCUCUCAGAGAUUGGAGCUGCUCAAAAAAGAGGCAUUAAGGUCGGGGCAGACUCCAAGGUAUGACAACAGGUGUCGUCACCUGCGGGCGGACCAGGCCCAGGAGAAGCUGGCUCAGGGAGCCUCAUAUGUGAUCAGGUUUCGUCUGGAAGAGGGCGUUGAGCCUUUUCAGGAUCUGAUCUUUGGAUGGAAUCGGCAUGAAGUUGCACAGGUGGAGGGCGACCCUGUGGUGAUAAAAGCAGACGGUUUUCCCACCUAUCACCUCGCCAACAUUGUAGAUGAUCAUUACAUGAAGGUCAGCCACGUCCUGCGGGGUUCAGAGUGGCUGAUCUCCACCUCCAAACAUCUCCUCAUGUACCGGGCUCUUGGAUGGCAGCCGCCCACGUUCGGACAUCUGCCGCUGCUGAUGAACAAAGAUGGCAGUAAACUGUCAAAGAGGCAGGGGGACAUAUUCAUCGAAACAUUCAAGAGAGACGGAGUCCUGCCAGAGGCUCUGUUGGAUAUAACAACCAACUGUGGAUCUGGAUUCAACACUAAUCGAAUGGGGAGGAGGAUAGAUGAACUGAUUUCUGAGUUUAAUCCUUCAAAGAUCACAACUCACUCUGCUUUGUUAGACCUGGAGAAGCUGCCAGAGUUCAACAGACUUCACCUGCAGCAGCGAAUUGAAGAUGAGCAGCAGUGUGAUUUGCUGAUACAAGAUCUACAGGAGCAAAUCUAUCAGGCCUACGCAGAACAGAUCCAGGAUAAGGAUGUGCUGCACGAGGAUUACAUCAGGCGGGUGCUGCAUCUCCGUAAGGGUCACAUAUCCUUCCUGAAGGAGCUUGUAAGCCCCACUUACUCUUACUUGUGGGUGCGUCCUUCCUUUUCCAGCCAGGAGGUGGCAUCACUCACUGGAGAGGCCCAGCACAUUGCUUCAUUACUGUUGAAGCUGAUAGAAGACCGAGGCGAGGAGCUUUCAGUGGAUCGACUUGGUAAAGACUUGAAAGCUGUGGCUAAGCAGGCUAAAGCCACCAAGUACAGGGAGGUGAUGAAGCUGUUACGUCUGGUUCUCAGCGGUCAGCAGCAAGGUCCCAGUGUCGCUGAGAUGAUGGUGUCUCUGGGCUCUGCAGAGAUCAGCCAUCGAUUCCAGAAACUUCUACUGCUUUCAAAUGAAACAGAUUAACGACUAAACUGCCCGCCACUACAUCGCCUCACAGUCACCGCACUAACUGUUGGAAGCCUGAAGAAAACAGCUGCUGUUGGACUGGUUGGCCUGAGUGUUGACAGUUGAUCUCACACAUGGUGAUUCUGCCACCUUUAAAAUGAACUGAAUGCCAAUUAAUACUUGAAAUAUUAGAAAAUGUUUUAUAAAGGUGCUGAGAACUAAUUUUAUGCACUCAGACUUUGUUAUGCAGUAAUGUGAGACCUUACACCUGUUGCUGUGCUCACACAUGGAUGGGAAGUACCUUGAUAUUUCCAUGCAAAUAUCAAGGUACUUUACUGAAGAAAUUUCAAUGAAGCGAUUUACAGAUGUACAGUCGCAAGUGUUGAUGAAGACGUCAGUAAAUAAAUUCCCCAAAGAUAGAUAUAUGACCUACAUUUACAUUUAAUACAGACUUUCUGCUGGCAAUUAACACCUUUUUGUUUUGAAUGUGACAUAAUAUAUUAUUGUCUUUUUUUAAUAAAUGAUGCCAAACAAUUUAAUGACCUUAUAAAAUAAGGUAUUUAUUGUAAGACCUGUGUAAUUAAACCAUUGAACUACUUUUUAAAAUGUUUUUGUUUAUGAAAGAUGGCUUACAAAAAUUCUAGGGUAAACAUUUUGAAAUCACGUUCUGAGGUACUUCUACUUCCCUUUA